AUGUUUCCUAUUGAGUCCGUGGGCAGCGCAUCAAAAGAAGGAACUGCAAUAACGGCAACAGCGACAGCAGCAACAGCAGAUGAACCGGAUGAUUACAUGCGCUAUAAAAAACUCGAAAAACAACUUGAACAUUUGGAUGUGAUGGAAGAAUAUGUAAAACUUGAAACGAGAAAUUUGGAAAAAGAAUUAUUGCAUGCGCAAGAAGAGGUGAAACGAAUUCAGUCUGUACCUCUUGUGAUCGGGCAGUUCCUCGAAGCCGUUGACCAGGAUCAUGCUAUUGUUGGUUCGACAACAGGGUCUAAUUAUUUUGUGCGUGUUCUUUCAAUUCUGGAUCGUGAACUUCUGAAACCGGGUUGCAGUGUGGCAUUACACAAGUACAGCAAUGCCCUUGUUGAUGUGCUCCCCCCAGAAGCCGAUUCCACCAUUCAAAUGUUGCGUGCCGAUGAAAAACCCGACGUUUCUUAUGCUGAUAUAGGAGGGCUGGAUAUGCAGAAGCAGGAAGUACGUGAAGCAGUUGAGCUACCGCUCACCCAUGGAGAGCUUUAUCAACAGAUUGGCAUUGAUCCACCACGAGGUGUACUAAUGUACGGUCCACCAGGUUGCGGUAAAACAAUGCUCGCAAAAGCGGUAGCAGCACAUACGACUGCCUCAUUCAUUCGUGUUGUUGGAAGUGAAUUUGUGCAGAAAUAUCUCGGUGAAGGUGAGUGA